UCUCCAUCGCUCUCGUCCCAUCCCACGGUUUUGGAUUCCUUCCCCGGCCAUUCUCGAACCAUUUCAGGUCGCUUCAGCCUCCGCCAAGAUUCCCUCGGUGCAUCCGCUUCAUGGAUGCACAUCCAUCGAUCCCGCUCCUGUUUCUCUGCUUCCGAGACCUACGGAAUGCAGAACCCGCAUCCUCUUUCUCCUGGUAAUGUCGUCAUCUUCUCCCACUGCGCCUGUUGCGCGUACGGGUUGUUCAGGAUGACAGAUCGCCUGAAAACCAUCGUUUUGAGCGUUGGAAUUGUAACAGAGGAGUGAAGGGAGAAUAGAUUGGAGAGAGAGAGAGAGAGAGACAGAGAGAGAGGAUGUCGGAAUCAGCUCCAUCUCCUGCGACUCCAAGUUCUGAUUUGACGUCUCCUCCACCUGUCGCUUCUCCGCCGACUCUGCCUUCCCCGGCGGCGGCAUCUCCGCCACCGUCAACCUCCCAAUCGCCAUCUCCACCAUCUCCGACGCAACCUCCUCCGGUCGCCCCAGCGCCACUUCCCGCUGAGAAAUCAACCCCGCCUCCACCAACACCGACCCCACCUUCCACCUCCAAUGAAUCGUUCACCCCUCCGCCAGCCGUCUCCUCCUCCCCUCCUCCUCCUCCCCCUCCCAAAACCGUCUCCCCCGUUCCUACUCCACCACCUUAUGACUCAGCAUCCCCUCCUCCGCCUCCUCUGCCAGCAUCAUCGCCUCCACCUACCCCGGCAUCGGAUUCCAAAUUCCCCCCUCCGCCGCCAGACGCCCCUGUCGUCGUGACAGCUCCUCCUACACCAAUCUCUACUCCAUCACCCCCUUCCCCACCCACGCAGACAACUCCACCAGGCUCUGCUCUAUCUCCUCCAUCCACUUCCACCCCUGCACCUUCAACCACCGCCGCUCCUCCUCCUGCGACACCUACCCAAAUAAACACCCCUCCUCCUCCAGCAUAUACUAGUUUGCGGCCGUCCUCCACAUCUUCUACCAAAAACUCAACUGCCUCACCAUCGACCACACCAUCAGCCCACUCCAACGACAAUUCCGUGGCCAAAACCCUCGUCGGAAUAGCUGUUGCCGGGGCGUUGGUCGCGCUGGCGGUCAUCUUCUUUGUGGCCUUGAGGAAGAAGAAGAGAAGCACGAAGGGUUCCCGAGGACAAUACCGGCAUCCACCUGGUCAAAUCGCAUUUCCAAGCAAUGGGCAUGCAGAUACCAAGACAGAGAGCCUGUAUGGCAGCAACAGCGGGCAGUUCACGUACGACGAGCUGAUGGGCAUAACCAGUGGGUUCUCUCGCGACAAUCACAUCGGCGAGGGCGGGUUCGGACCUGUGUACAAGGGCACGCUGCCGGACGGGAGGCAAGUCGCGGUGAAGCAGCUCAAGAUCGGGAGUGGACAAGGAGAAAGGGAGUUCAGAGCCGAAGUGGAGAUCAUCAGCCGCAUUCACCAUCGCCAUCUGGUUUCCCUGGUGGGCUACUGCAUCGUGGAGCACCACCGGUUGCUCGUCUACGAGUUCGUCUCCAACAAAACACUGGAGCACCAUUUGCAUGGGGAAGGGCUUCCUGUUCUCGACUGGGCAAAGAGAACGAGGAUUGCCAUAGGCUCAGCUCGUGGACUGGCAUAUCUGCAUGAAGACUGCCAUCCUCGGAUCAUUCACAGGGACAUCAAGUCAGCCAACAUCCUUCUGGAUGAAUCUUUCGAAGCACAGGUUGCGGACUUUGGGCUGGCAAAGCUAUCAAAUGAUGCCCACACUCAUGUGUCAACUAGAGUCAUGGGAACAUUUGGGUACUUGGCACCAGAAUAUGCAUCAAGUGGAAAAUUGACAGAUAGAUCUGAUGUGUAUUCCUUUGGAGUUGUGCUACUAGAACUCAUAACUGGGAGAAAGCCUGUGGAUCCAUCUCAGCCUUUAGGGGAUGAGAGUUUAGUCGAAUGGGCUCGACCGCUAUUGGUUCAUGCUCUCGAAACAGGUGAAUACGAAGAACUGGUAGACCCCAAGCUCGAAAACAAUUUCGCCAAGAGUGACAUGUUACAGAUGAUUGAAGCUGCUGCUGCUUGUGUUCGUCAUUCUGCUCCCAAGCGACCAAGAAUGGUGCAGGUGUUGAGAGCUUUGGAUGGCGGGGGAAGCUUACCUGACCUAUCCAAUGGUGUCAAAUUUGGACAGAGCACUGUGUAUGACUCUGGGAAGUACUCGGCUGACAUCGAAAAGCUGCAAAAGAUAGCGUUCGGGAGCAAUACCUUCAGCAUCGACUAUGAUCAUUCCACAGAACACGAACACGAUGAACAGCAGAGCGUGACGCAGACGCAGACGCAGAGCAGCAACGGAGUCUAGAGCUUGGCGGACUCUGAA